GAAGACUUUGGUUUUGCAGUUUUGGACAUUGCAAGAACUGCUGUAAUGGCGAUGUUAACAAAGAUUACCACUGUAUUGUCUAGGUUUGUCUGUUUUUCUCUAGGAAUUUGCCGUACGUCUAGUAAAGCACUCGAAACUACUACAACAUCACUUCACUGUGUCUCUUCUCUUCAGUCUCCAUUGCCAUCAUCACCAACAUGAGACCUCCCAAAGCAAAGCCUCAGGAUUCGUACAUUCGUGGCCGAGAGAAUCCAUACUUUGAUGGUCUGUUAAGAGGUAACGACACUGGCAGCCAGAAUAUUUCUCCGUCAACAUCAGAUAUUGGUGAUUUGAGAGGAAUAAGUUUUUCAGAUAUUCCUGGAAAGUUUAAGGACUUGCCAGUAAAGGAUUCAGUCUCAGACAUUCUCGAACCCUUCGAGCAGACUACAUUUGGGACUUUGUCAAAAGUUCCUAGAUCAACAUCAUUCGAAUCCCAAAGUUCUCAAUCUGAUAUGAGCUUUGAUUUAGAUGGUUCAAAUCAUUUAGUGAAACAAUCCAGUCCUGGUACCUUUGAAACAACCGAAGAACACCAAGUUGUACCUUUCCUACCAAGACCUAUGAUUGAAAAAUCAUUUGUUCUGAACAAAAGGAAAUCAAACCUGUCAAAUAUUCCACUUCCUCAGUCGGCCGCAACAUUUUAUAAUGGAUUUUUCCCACAAUUUGAGAUUUUGGAAUCAUGUGAAAGCACCAUGAAGCUAAAUUUAUACUUGAAAGCCAGAAAGGAUGAUGUGAGUGCUGGUGUUCCUGGAAAAUUCUUGCAUGCUGUAAUUGGUCAUCAUGUCUCAGACGUUGGAUCCAUCGCUUCGACCAUCAUGUAUGCUCUCUACUUGAAUGAGACAAUCAAAAGUGACCAGUUCUGCACUGUACCUAUCAUUAAUAUGAAGAGGACAGACCUAAGUUCUCAUGCAGAACUAAAAUGGUUGCUGGAUUCUUGUCAUAUUGAUGUGCCAUCCUUACUUUUCGUAGAUGAGAUUGAUCUGUCAUACUUUGAUCUGUUCGGGUGUCUUAAGCUAGUGCUAGUGAAUGGACACAAGCUCCCAACAAGACAAGAGGCAUUAAAGGAAGCGGUCGUUGAAGUAUUCAAUUGCAGAAAGGGUGAAUCUGUGUAUCCUUGGGUUGAGACUGUUACUGUUGAUCAGGACUGCUCAUGCUGUAGCCUUAUUGCUGAAAAGUUAUUCCUGACUGCACCUGAGCUUUUGGCUGGGCAAAGAUUCAGUAAACUUUUGUUAGCUGGCAUCCUAAUGGAUACUGGAAACCUUACUAGUCCUCAUUGCACUACCAAAGACAAGUACAUGGCUACUUUGUUACUCAAUGGCGCUGGUCGCUUCGGAUCCAAUGGUCUUUAUCAAAUAAUGAGAUACAAAAUGUAUGAUAUCUCUGAUCUUAAAGUAGUUGACAUAUUGCGCAAGGAGUUUAAAAAGUGGACAAGAGGAGGUAAGCCAGAUCCUACUGGUUCAAGAUUAAUGGUGUCAAAUAUUGGGAUGAGUUCCAUUGGCAUUUCAUUGGAGCAGUUUCUUGCUCAUGAACGUUCUUCGAAAGAAGAAAUCAAGUAUUUCCAGCAGUCGGAGAAGCUUCGGUUACUCAUGAUUGUAUCAGGAUAUUAUGAUGCUGAGAAGAACUUCAAGAGGGAGAUACUGGUCUCUGCUGAAUCUAUGGAGCUUAUGAGGAAUCUGCUAUCCUUCUUCAGUUCAAAUGCCUCCCAUCUGCCACUCAAAGCUAUGCAUAGACCAAGUCUCAGAGAUGACAUGAAGGCAUUCGAGAUUGACAAAGCUACAUCAAGAAAGACUAUCGAGCGUCUCUUGGAAGAAUUUGGUGGGGCAUCAAAAGGCUAAUGUGGUUGGUGAACAAGAAGACAGCAAGAAUGCAGAUACAAUUGUCACUUCAAUGUGGAAAUACAUAAACAAACCAAUGGAGAAGCUUCUAAUAAAUUUAAAGAAAAGCAUCUGUCCAUGCCUGCAGAAUUCAAUAUGAAUUUCCGUUCUAAUGCAUGAUCAAAUCGAGUCCUUAUAUUUUUGUUUGGUUCCGCUCUUCGAAUUCGAUAGAGCCUGUUUCCUCUUGCCAAUCUCACAUGCUUGUCACUGAUAUGAGCCUGUAGUGAUAGGAUUGAAAUUAAGGAGAGAAUUUUUUGGCAAUGAUAUCCAUGUGGAUUGAAGCUGGCAGCAUAGAAAAAGAGUACGUAGCAGUAUUGAAAUUUUGCAGCAUGAUGCUUGCAACUUUUUUUGUGGGGACAUGGCCUGAGCCAUAAUAUUCUUGGAGUCAACAUUCUUGGCUUCAUUGCGCCAACCCAAAUUCUAAUCUUUAAAGUGAAAACCUCUGAAUUUUCUUGCAA